CUAAAAAAAUUAAUGAAUUGCGAGACAAAGAGGUCGACGUCCUCACAUGGCCAAUGAUCCCGAUCUAGUGCCACUCUGCCACUUUGUUUAUAAAGUCUCGAUGGCAGCGACGUUCGAUCUCUCCCAGUUAAAAACAAGAGCACUGUUUUGACAAUUCACUCAACUUCUUCAUAGCUCUGUAGCUUCUACCGAGUCAGAUCAAAUCCAUCUGAAAUCGGGUGACUUUUAUUUGCAUCAGAACUGGGAAGAAGCUUGGGUGGACGUUCGAUGGCACCAGCCAUGUAUUGAGUGGUGUAGUUCCUUGUGGCGAGCAAGUGACAUUUAUUUUGUAGUCAUUUGCUCUAUACCCCCACCAUAAUGUGGAACUUUGCAUCCAAUUGCAUAGGUGGCAACAUUGGACUCAAGAAUGAGUCUACAAGGCCAAUCGAAGGUGGUUUGGAAUCCUCAGACGAUGAAGAUUCUUCGAAUUCUAGCAGGGAGGAGGGACUAGAGUGCCCGAUAUGCUGGGAAUCUUUCAACAUAGUUGAGAACGUGCCCUAUGUUCUAUGGUGUGGCCAUACUCUCUGUAAAAAUUGCAUUCUGGGGCUGCAGUGGGCUGUUGUCAAAUUUCCCACUUUACCAAUUCAGCUUCCACUUUUUAUCACCUGCCCUUGGUGCAAUCUCUUAUCCCCCCGUCUGGUUUACAGGGGAAAUCUGAAGUUCCCUCGCAAGAACUUCUUUCUACUGUGGAUGGUUGAGAGCCUAAAUGGUGAUAGAGUGAAGUCUCAGUCUGCUUUCUGUGGGGAUCAUCCACCAACAUGGAUAUCAAAUGGCAAGAUAGCACCGGGGAGUCAAGUAAACCACCCUGCUGUCAGGAGGGAUCAAUAUAAUCACUAUUCAGAAUCAUCAGGAUCAAAUCAUGAUCAUAACGCUAUCAAUAAUUACCUCACUGUGGAGAGACUACACGAUUCUCUUAAAAAGUCUCUGGUUUUCUUUGUUCAAUUAACAGCAAAGUUCCCUCUGGUUCUUAUAUUUCUUCUGAUUGUCUUGUAUGCAAUACCUGCCAGUGCAGCCAUCUUAGCCUUGUACAUACUCAUUACGGCUCUAUUUGCUCUUCCAUCAUUUCUAAUCCUGUACUUUUCAUAUCCUAGUUUGGAUUGGCUGGUUAGGGAAAUGAUUGCUUGAGAUGACAUUUGUCCUGCAAUGGAAGUUUGCCCAGAUAUCUCUGUGUCUGAAUCACAUCAGUGGUGUAAUUUCACGACUCCAUUUGUUUCAACAUCCUCAUCUGCCAAUGCAUAGUGGGUUUGUGUAUAUGUGGGUGCAGUUGAAAGUGAUUGUCUACAAGGUUAAUUUCUGGUCAGAAGCCUGUUAGUUUUCUUGUUUGUACAAACACUUGUGCUUAUAAAUCUAUUUUCUAAGGCAUGCUUUUUUUGUUUGUUUGUUUGUGUGUGUGUGUGGUUCUUUUGCCUUAUGGUGAGAGUCGUGUGAAAAUAACUGGAAACUGCUUUUCAGUUUUGUUGAUGGGUGUAAAUUAGGUGUUGGCAGGAGCAUCUAUGACGAGUGAAAUUGUGAUUUUACGGUCUUCGUUUGAAGAGUCUUCGAUGAAGUGCCUUAUACAUGAAUUGGUUUGUUAAUGUGGCACUGAAUGUACCCAUCCA